CGUAUGGCCAAAGGCGCUAUGCUGUUACGUUUAUACGAUGUUGUUGACAUUUGUGUAAAUUACAUGAUGGAUCAUAUAAAUGAUUUCAUAGUACGCAAGCUGAUUACAUUGGCAACGGAAAUGGAGUACAAAAAAUUUGAAACGCGUUUACUCGCUUAUAUUGUGAAGAAUUUCGAGCAGUUGAACCAAAAUGGCGAAAUAUUUGAUCUUAAUGUGGCACAAUGGAAAUUUAUCAUAAAAGAAUUGGACGUCAAUGUAGUUGCCCAAGCGGAUAUAUUUCGGGCCAUCAAAGGCUGGUAUGAGUACAAAGCCACCGAGCGUCAGCAAUAUUUACCCGAUUUGAUCGGUUCGCUUGCACUUAACGAAUUCGAUAGCGACUUUCUUCGACAGCAAAUUAAACCAUUACCCGGUUGUGAAGGUUUAGCAACAGAAGCGCUUAAAAGACGUGGCGAACUGCCUUCGUGGGUGGCGGUACAGACUAGGGGUGAAGAUCGUUUUGGUUAUAAGGACAUAUUACUUUACAAUCAGGCUAAAGAGGAAUGGGUAAAAGUUAUAAGCUUGGAAAUUGAAAAAUUUUAUUUCAGCACAGCAUUUAUGGAGAAUAGUCUCUUCUUCAUUGGUGGAAUUAAAACGAAUGGCGCAAGCGCGACUGUGCUCAGAUACAAUUUGCUAACAAACAAAUUUUCAGAAAUACCAUCAUUGAAAACUGAUCGUUUUAGCAGUAGUGUUGCAGUAGUGAAUAAUUCUAUAUAUGUUAUUGGUGGUACGAAUGAUAGUAUGGAUCCGCUGCUUAGUAUGGAAUGUUACAGUACGUCAACUGGGCGUUGGGAGUAUACGUCUCACCUUUUUAUGUAUCGCACUUUAGCCGGUGUUGCUAUCUUGAAUGAUGAUAUCUACUUAAUAGGUGGUAAGGAUUUUCACGUCGUAAAUAGUGUAGAGCGUUAUAAUAUUGUCACAAAACGAUGGUAUUAUUGCGAAGGAAUGGCUGAAGCACGUGAAAAUCCAGGUGUGGUUGCGCAUAAAGGUUAUAUUUACGCAAUAGGUGGAUGUCCUAAAGAUUUGAAAACUGUGGAACGUUAUGAUCCAAAACAAGACAAAUGGACUAAGAUAGCUUCGUUGAAUGUGGCACGUAGACAUAUCUGCGCCGCCGCAAUAGGUGAUCAAUUGUGGGCAUUUGGUGGUGUGAUUGGUCCUGCGCAGAGAGACGAUACUGUCGAGGUUUACAAUGUGACCAGCGAUAAGUGGCUGGUAAAGAAAAAAUUGCCGGUAACUGGAGAGUUUGAUUGUGUUACACUGCCAACAAGCUUGGCCGAUAAUCUUAAAUGAGAUUUUCGAAAAAAUAUAAUAGCCUAUAAAAUAUUGAAAUACAAACAAAUAUUAUAUUAUAUAAAAUAAA